GCUGAUAUUAUCUACUGCAACAUAGGUGAAUGUGUUUAUCCAUUUUAUAUAAAUGUUGGACGAAUUUUACAUUUAGUAGUAGUAAUUGAUAUAUUGACAGUUUGUUCUUCGUCUUCAUGACAAUGUCAAAGAUAUUCUUAAUCCUACUCAAAGUGUGUAUCAUAAUGGUUCUCACGUCAUUUAUUAGCAAAUUUAUGUUCGACGAAAACAAAGCACUUCAAAGAAGACAGUCCGAAUCUGCAUUCCAAACAAAGUCAUCGAAGGAUUCAAUAAUGACGCCGGAAUCCACACAGCUUGAACAACAUACAGAUCACAAAAUUGACACAAAAAGUCAUCAGUCUAAUUCACCUCUGUCUGUAACAAUUCGUUCUCGUCUGCAAAUAUUAUCUGACUCAGGAUCGCAGGGAAAUUAUUUACAUGACUGUCAGAAAAUAAAGAUGAAACGUGCCGAUGUGCUGUCUCUAACAGACCGCGAGAAGAAGCGACUGACAAUUUGUGUUAGUAACUAUUUAUUGGAUUAUAACAUAGGAAAUUCAAUUUGGACAGGGAACAAAGCUGAAAUACGUUGGAACAACCAUACGUUCCUUAAUGAUAGAAGUUCAGUGCUGGACAUCGGUGGCAAUACUGGAAUAGAUGCAAGUCACAUCAUUUCGUUAUUUAAACCAAAGCGUUAUAUCAUUUUAGAGCCGUUAAAGCAAUACUAUGACCAUUUAGUAAAAACAUUUUCAUCGGAACAUAUGGUUGAAGUUUAUCAGUUUGGUGUUGGUAAACAAAAUGCCAAAUUAGAUAUAUCUAUCAGUGGACCGAAUGGUGAAAGCUCGUCAGUUUUCAUAAAACAAACAGCAAAUAAGAAUACAACAAUCCAGAUCUUCAACAUUAUUCAGAUUUUUAUACAGUUAGGUUUUAGUUGUGAAAACCAACUAGAUCUAUUGACUAUAAACUGUGAAGGGUGUGAAUUCGAAGUUAUAGAAGAACUUCUAAAAACAAAUAUUCUCAACUACAUAAAAAAUAUACAAUUUGCCACUCAUUCAACCUUAAAAUACUUGAAAGAGCCAACAUACAGAUAUUGCAGAAUUCAGGAAUUAUUAUAUAGGACACACAUGUUAUCUUACCAAUAUAAGUUUAUAUGGGAAUCGUGGAAAAGGCGAGACCUUGUAAAAUUAUAUUAGGGUGCUUCAGCAAAUCUAUUUAAUAUUUGGAAAUAUAAAAUAAUGAACUUAAAAUAAAAGCUGACGAAGAUAAGACUUUAAAAAACAAAGACACUCUUUCUAAAUAAAAAAAAAAUGUAAACUGUGAAGGUGUUUUCUUUUCAUAAUUUUCAUGUGCUUUUUCUUUUUACAAUCUUGUUCAAUAUAAGUGUCUGAAAAAUAGUUUUUGAAGUUAUUUUGUUUAAGUUCAUUAACAAACCAUGCAACAACGGCAUUAUUUUAUAAAAAAAAAGAAGAAAGAUUUCAAAUCGCGAAAUAUCUGUUGCCACUUAUUCGUUAUAGGUAAAAACCACGACGACGAUUCACCUUUAACACAUUAUCAUUUA